GAAAUGCAAUUUGAGGCGCGGGCUGGGCCAGGAUUGGGAGUGGGAGGAAGGCGCUUGGGGAGGGCAGAGGAAGCCGGAGAGCGGGGCCACCGGUGUGGGGAAACCGAGGCUGGAGCUGCUGGGCAUCGCUGGAGCAGCGGGGUGCACAGCUGGAACAGCUGGAGCGAGAAGGUGGUGGCUGGACCCUAACCUGUCCCCACCAGCAGAGCCGGGAAGGCGAGGCCACCAUGGCGAUGCUCCUGGAGCCUGGGAUGCAGAGUCUCCGGAUGGGUGCCAACGGUGAGCGGUGCCCCACGCCGUCCCCUCCCGGCUCCCCAGGAACACCCCACGACUGCUGCAGCAUCGCCCCACUGACGCCCUCUCAGUCACCGAGGAGCGAGAGUCGCUCCCAGCAAACCGCCUCCUUCGCCGUGGUGGUGGCCAUCGACUUCGGCACCACGUCCAGCGGCUACGCCUUCAGCUUCUCCAGCGACCCUGAGGCCAUCCACAUGAUGAGGAAAUGGGAAGGAGGGGACCCAGGGGUGGCCAACCAGAAGACCCCCACCAGCCUCCUGCUGACACCGGAGGGCAUCUUCCACAGCUUCGGCUACACUGCCAGGGACUACUACCACGACCUGGACCCCGAGGAAGCCCGCGACUGGCUCUACUUUGAGAAGUUUAAGAUGAAGAUUCACAGCACCAGCGACCUCACCAUGAAAACCGAGUUGGAAGCUGUCAAUGGGAAGAAAAUGCAAGCUCUGGAGGUGUUUGCCCACGCGCUUCGCUUCUUCAAGCAGCAUGCUGUGCAGGAGCUGCAGGAGCAGUGUCCGUCGCUGCCAGCGAGGGAUGCCAUCCGCUGGGUCAUCACCGUGCCCGCCAUCUGGAAGCAGCCGGCCAAGCAGUUCAUGCGCGAAGCUGCCUACAAGGCUGGUCUGGUGUCUCCAGAGAAUCCGGAGCAGCUCCUGAUCGCCCUGGAGCCCGAAGCCGCCUCCAUUUAUUGCAGGAAGCUUCGCCUUCACCAACUGAUCGACCUGAGCUGCAAACCUCCGGCCAACGGCGCGGCGCCCGACCACUCCAUCGACUCCAGCUUUCGGCAGGCCCGCGAGCAGCUCCGGCGCUCCCGGCACAGCCGCACGUUCCUGGUGGAGUCGGGGAUGGGGGAGCUCUGGUCAGAGAUGCAGGCAGGUGACCGGUACAUCGUGGCGGACUGCGGCGGUGGCACAGUGGACCUCACUGUCCACCAGAUCGAGAAGCCUCAGGGGACGCUGAAGGAGCUGUACAAAGCCUCAGGGGGUCCCUACGGGGCCGUAGGGGUGGACUUGGCCUUCGAGAAGCUGCUGUGCCACAUUUUCGGCGAGGAUUUCAUUGCCACCUUCAAAGCCAAGCGUCCGGCCGCCUGGGUGGAUUUGACCAUCGCCUUCGAAGCCCGCAAGCGGGCGGCAGCCCCGUCCCGUGCCAGCGCCCUCAACAUCUCCCUGCCCUUCUCCUUCAUCGACUUCUACCGCAAGCACCGGGGCCAGAACGUGGAGACGGCCCUCAAGAAGAGCAACGUCAACUUUGUGAAGUGGUCAUCCCAAGGGAUGCUGCGGAUGUCCUCAGAGGCCAUGAGUGAGCUCUUCCAGCCCACCAUCAGCCAGAUCAUCAAACACAUCGGUGACCUCCUGAAGAAGCCAGAGGUCCAAGGCAUCAAAUUCCUCUUCCUGGUGGGAGGCUUUGCGGAGUCGGCCAUGCUGCAGGGCGCCGUCCAAGCAGCCUUCGGCUCUACCUGCCGCGUCAUCAUCCCCCAAGACGUAGGGUUGACCAUCCUCAAAGGCGCCGUGCUCUUCGGCCUCGACCCCACCAUCGUCCGCGUCCGCCGCUCCCCCUUGACCUACGGCGUUGGGGUGCUCAACAAAUUUGUGGAAGGGAAGCACCCACGGGAGAAGCUCUUGGUGAAGGAGGGCAAGAACUGGUGCACCGACAUCUUUGAGAAGUUCGUCUCCGUGGACCAGUCCGUGGCGCUGGGAGAGGUGGUCCAGCGCAGCUACUGCCCAGCACGGCACGGCCAACGCAAGACCAUCAUCAACAUCUACUGCUGCGCCACCGAUGAUGUGGUCUACAUCACCGACCCCGGUGUCCGCAAGUGUGGAACCAUCAGCCUGGAGCUGGAAGCACUGGGAGAUGCCGACAGCCCGGCUCGCAGCCGCCGCGAGAUCCGCACCAGCAUGCAGUUUGGGGACACGGAGAUCAAGGUCACCGCCAUGGACAUCCGCACCUCCAAGACGGUCCGAGCCACCAUCGAUUUCCUCUCCAACUGAGCCUCCCCAUUGCUCCCCAGGGAUGGGGACCCUGGGACCACUCUGGACCCCCCCCAGCACCCAUGGGUGCAAGGAGAUGGACAUCAGGGACGAGUGGAGCUUUGGGGUCACCACCAGACCCCACUCCAACCCUGUUGGUGGCCACCCCCUUCUCAUGGGACAUCCCCAAACCAAUGGGCUGGAGGGGGACAGUGGCCCAAGGGGUGGGGGGACAAU